CCCUAUGGAUGCCCCUGUACAGAUUUUCCGGGAGGAGCCGGGCUCCACUUGCUCCCCAGGGCCCUGUCAUCCCCCCAGCACCAGCAGCAGCUGGGUCCUGAGCUGGGCAGACUACGAGAGCAACGCCACUGGGGCCUUUGGGGAUGCCCAGCACAACCACACCAGCAUCUCCCCUGCCAUCCCCAUCAUCAUCACUGCUGUCUACUCGGUGGUCUUCGUUGUUGGCUUGGUGGGAAACUCUCUGGUCAUGUUUGUCAUCCUAAGGUACACAAAGAUGAAGACAGCAACCAACAUCUACAUUUUCAAUCUGGCUAUGGCAGAUGCCCUAGUUACCACAACUAUGCCUUUCCAAAGCACUGAGUACCUGAUGAACUCUUGGCCCUUUGGUGAUGUGCUGUGUAAAAUAGUUAUUUCAAUUGACUAUUAUAACAUGUUUACUAGCAUAUUCACACUGACCAUGAUGAGCGUUGAUCGAUACAUUGCCGUGUGUCACCCUGUGAAAGCUCUGGACUUCCGCACACCUCUCAAGGCGAAGAUAAUCAACAUCUGUAUCUGGCUCUUAUCCUCAUCUGUUGGUAUAUCUGCAAUAGUUCUUGGAGGCACCAAAGUCAGGGAGGAUACUGCUAGCACUGAAUGCUCCUUGCAAUUUCCAGACAGAGAUUAUGUGUGGUGGGACAUCUUCAUGAAAAUCUGUGUCUUUGUCUUUGCCUUUGUUAUUCCAGUGCUCAUUAUAAUUGUUUGCUAUACUCUGAUGAUCCUGCGCCUUAAAAGCGUACGGCUUCUCUCCGGGUCCCGAGAAAAAGAUCGAAACCUGCGUCGCAUCACCAGGUUGGUUCUUGUGGUGGUGGCAGUUUUCAUUAUCUGUUGGACUCCUAUUCACAUUUUUGUGCUGGCUGAAGCUUUAGGGGAUGUGUCCCACAGCACUGCUGCUAUAUCCAGCUAUUACUUCUGUAUUGCUUUGGGUUACACCAACAGCAGCCUCAAUCCAAUCCUUUACGCAUUUUUGGAUGAAAACUUCAAGAGAUGCUUCAAGGACUUCUGCUUCCCCUUUAAGAUGAGGAUGGACAGGCAGAGCACCAGCAGAGUCAGAAACACUGUGCAAGACGCGGCUUAUAUGAGGGAAGCAGAUGGGACAAACAAACCUGUAUGACUAGUCGUGGAAAUGACAUCUUACUGUCCUCAAGAGAGAGAAGAGUCCAACGACCUAGGACUGACACAGAUUACAACUGCAGUUUGAACUAAACUCAUCCAGACAGAAGUUUCUGGAAUAUUUCAGGCAUCCUAAUCAUUUGAACUGAAAUAGUUUAUUUUCCACAAACAAGAGCCUCCUGAAAAUAGGCUCAGAUGAAAAGG